AUGGCUGAUAAUGGAGUCCAUCAAAACACUCAAGCCGAGCUUAUGGCUCAAAUGGCCGAACUGCAAGCGGAAGUCAAAAGGCUGGCCGAAUUAACCAGCCAAAAUGACACCAGUAAACGUGAAGACAACGGCCAUAAAGGAAAAACAGACCUACUGAGUAUUGACCCACCAAGGGAGAAGCUGACCUUGGACAACCCAUUCUCUGAGGAGAUCACCAACUACCAGAUGCCAAAACAUUUCACAUUACCGUCUUCCCUCGAGCCAUACAAGGGGAUUGGUGACCCCCGGGCUCACAUCAAGAAAUUUCAAUCUAUGAUGUUCUUUAAUGGUCCUAAUAACGAACCCGUCCUUUGCAGGGCCUUUCCUACUUACCUCGACGGCGCAGCCCUGCUUUGGUUCUCAAAACUACCUGCAGGAUCAAUCUCUUCUUUCGAGGAAUUAGCAAAAUCCUUCAUAGACUACUUCGCUGCAGCAAGAAUAUAUGUACAUGGAUCAGACUACCUCGGUACCAUUCGCCAAGGACCCCAGGAGAACUUGAAAGACUACCUAACCAGGUUUGCAGAAGCGACAAUGGAAAUACCCGACCUAGACCCCGCCGUCCAUCUGCACGCCAUAAAGGCAGGACUCCGACCCGGAAAAUUCAGGGAAACAAUCGCAGUAACAAAGCCGAAGACAUUGGAAGAGUUCCGAGAAAGGGCGGCAGGGCAGAUGGAGAUCGAAGAGCUCCGCGAAACUGAAAAAACAGAAAAGAGACAACCCAGAAGAGAGGAUGAAAAAUCCACAAGGUCAGCAAACAUCAAGGACCUCAAGAGACCCUUCAAGCUAACCCCAAAAUUUGACAAUUACACUAGGUUCAACACAAGAAGGGAAAGGAUAAUCAAAGAAAUACUCAACGCCAAAAUCAUAAAACCACCAGCAAGGGCCGGGAGCUAUCAAGACCAGAGAUUCGUCGACAAAUGUAAGCACUGUGCUUUCCACCAAAAGUACGGCCACACAACCGACGAAUGCAUAAUAGCCAAGGACCUAUUAGAAAGAUUAGCCCGGCAGGGCCUCCUAGAUAAAUACAUCGAGGGAAGGAAGCAUAAAGAGAACGACAGAGAGGAACGCCAACAGACCUCAGGAGCAAAAGACACCAACAAAUGGCCAAACAACACACCACCUAAGGGGAUCAUAAACACCAUAUCAGGAGGAUUCGCCGGAGGAGGAGAAACAACUUCGGUGAGAAAACGUAACUAUCGCGCGAUGCUUGCAAUAGAAGGGACAACACCACAUAACGACAAGGACACAUCAAACCUAGAAAUCAUUUUCAAUCAGAGGGACAUAUGCUCAGCCGCACCACAUUCAGACGACCCAGUGGUAAUUUCUAUCCAAACAGGCGAGUUACUGGUAAGAAAAGUCCUCUUGGACCCAGGUAGUAGUGCCGAUGUUCUGUUUUACGCUACUUUUAUAAAAAUGCAAUUAUCUGAAAAACUUAUACAACCCUCAUCCAGAGAAUUAGUCGGAUUCUCCGGAGAAAGAGUACCGAUCAAGGGCUACAUAUGGUUGAAGACAAUGAUGGGAAACCACCCAUUGUCACGAACCAUCGACAUACAAUACCUUAUAGUUGACUGCCCUAGUCCUUAUAACAUUAUUCUCGGAAGACCUACUCUGAACAUGUUCAGGGCAGUAGUUUCAACCUUUCACCUAUGUGUAAAAUUUCAGGCACAGGACGGAAAAAUAGCGACACUUCACUCAGACCGACAAUAA